AUGAGCUGCGCCGGAGGGAGCGGCGUCCUCCACCCCUCGGAGACCGCCGCACCCCUGGAGCCGCCCGGGGACUCCCCGGAGGAGGGCGAGCGCGGCGGCCCCAGCGCGGCGCCGCCAGCGGCCGGCUCGGAGGGCGGCCGCGCCGAGGCGGGGGCCGGGGCCGGCGACCAACCUGAGACUCGCUCGGUGUGCAGCAGCGAGAGCGGCAGCGGCAGCAACCCCGGCGGGGCCGGCCCCAUCUGCAAGAUCUGCUUCCAGGGCCCCGAGCAGGGCGAAUUGUUAAAUCCUUGCCGCUGUGAUGGGUCAGUACGGUACACACAUCAGCUUUGCCUGUUAAAGUGGAUAAGUGAAAGAGGGUCAUGGACCUGUGAACUCUGCUGUUACAGAUACCAUGUUAUAGCAAUUAAAAUGAAAAAUCCUUGCCAGUGGCAAAGCAUUACUAUAACACUGGUUGAGAAAGUGCAGAUGGUUGCUGUAAUCCUAGGAUCUCUGUUCUUAGUAGCAAGUGUGACUUGGCUUCUAUGGUCAGCCUUCAGCCCCUAUGCAGUAUGGCAAAGAAAGGACAUCCUUUUUCAAAUCUGCUAUGGAAUGUAUGGUUUUAUGGAUCUAGUAUGCAUAGGACUGAUAGUACAUGAAGGUGCAUCUGUUUAUCGAGUGUUUAAGCGCUGGAGGGCUGUCAAUCUGCACUGGGAUGUGUUAAAUUACGAUAAAGCUACAGACAUUGAGGAGAGUAAUCGAGGAGAAUCCUCAGCAGGAAGGACAUUGUGGUUACCGCUGACUGCUUUUAGAAACAGAAAUUUAGUUCAUCCAACACAGUUGACCUCACCAAGAUUUCAGUGUGGCUAUGUAUUGUUACAUCUGUUCAACCGCAUGAGACCUCAGGAAGAUUCAUCAGAGGAUAACAGCUCUGGGGAAGUAGUGAUGAGAGUGACCUCAGUGUAAAGAUUAUGUUCACUGUGCUACACAGAUAAGGAUAAUGUGCCCUGAUGUUUAAGGACAUUGGAAUGUAGUUGUAAUGAAUGGUGAAACCAUUAACACUUGAAAAAUAUAUAUACACAUUUUUAAAAAAUUUAAUGUUUUUUAUAUGAUCAGCUAAAUCACAAAUACAUUUUUCUGAAAAAAAGAUCUCUUGAUUUUUAUAUAGUCUGGUUUAUUAGAUCUUUUUGUCAAUUUGUACCUCAGGUGUGUAUGAUAUAAUUUAACUCUUAGGUCUUUGAAUGAUGAGAAAACUCAUUUUUAAGUAAAAAUAUAUUUAAAUGUAUUUUCUUAAACUCUGGCUUUAACCCACUACUGUUAUUUUCCAACUGACAGGAGGAUUAAACUCAACAAUCUUCUUUCAAAAAGAAAAAAAAAUGCUAGCACAAGUUAA